AUGAAACUACUAAAUUUUUUGCCUUGGUUAGGUGAACCUAAUCACCAAGAUGAAAUGGUGCAGUUAGCAUCUAAGGUCAGACAGAAGAAACUGUUUCUAAUCCACUUGACUACACCCUAUAUAUGCACAAUGCAAGUGAGAUUAUGUCUAUGGAGUGCUAAAUUUUACCGGGCAAUGGCUGAGACUGUGACUGUAACCCCGGAUCGUGGCAGCAGAAAGCAGCCCAGGCAACCAGUUUCUGUGCCAUUUCUCUGGGAAGAAAAACCAGGAACGCCAAAAAAGGACUGGAAACCGAGCACUCGAACAGCUAAUCCAGUUACUCCACCUCCAGUCAAGCUCGUCGCUUCAGUUCCCUUCGAGUGGGAAGAAAAGCCUGGGAAACCCUUUCCCUCCUUUUCCAAGCCCCAACCAGAAUCGGAAUUUCACCUCCCACAAGAAAAGCUCGAUGCUAUAGAAUCUUAUUUGGUACGCUCUCGAGACAUUCAUGAUGAUGAUGACAACGACAACGACAACGGGCAAGGUAGCUUUGGCGAUGACAACAGAAGCGUGGACAAAAUUUACGGGAUUAAUCCUGAAUCAGAUCUUGAAGCAUGUGGUUUUGAAACUGAUCAAUCCUUCUGCUCGGCUCAAUCUCUGGAAGCCAAUGGCCUUAUAUCAACUGUGGCUGUUUCUAGUGCUGUUCCAGCGUUGCAGUCUUCUUCGAUGGAGAACGAAACUGAAAGUGCGCCUUCCUCGCCUGCUUCUGAAACCGACAGCAGUACAAGCAGCUAUGCAACUGGAACAAGAAGCCUAGUUGGAACAUCUUUUUUGGAGCACCUAUUUCCCUUGUUAUUACCCCAUUCAAGCUUUCUUGACAAGCAUGGAAGCUCAGAGAAAAGAACUCAUACUCAAGUGGAAGUACUAAAGAAAUACUUUGACGGGGAAAGCAAUCGCAGUGUUGCAGUAAGAAGGCCAUUUACACUUGGUGAGCUGAUAAUGAUGAGCCGGAAGAGGAGUAACCAAAGAAAAGUUGUUCAAAUGCAGAUGCAGAACCUCUCCAUGGUAAUUCUUGAACUCUUCAUAACUUGUGUUGAUUAA